AUGAGCCGGACGGAACACUCUCGGUCUUCUUCACGAGACCCUGACACGUCUAUAGCGGCACCAGCGCCUCGAAGGCUUGCCCAAAUCGGGUCAAGUCUUGGGCCUGUGCCACCGACGCCGGCCGACUGGGUUGAAGAAGUUGAGCAGGACCACUCUGGACCAUCUGGUAACACGGGCCUGCGCAUAGACACAAGCAGCGUAGCGGAGGCUGACACGACGAUGGCGGACGCGACCCAGACCCCCGUCAACCACACGAGUUCAGUCUCCACAAGCGGAUUAGCUCGAACUGGAGCCAAACGGGAUUCAAGCGCAAAAGGCAUCCGAGAACGAAGAAGUGAGAGUAGGGCUGCCCGCGAGCGGGUCGAAGCACAAAGUGCGGUUGAGCCGAGCAACAAUCCCUGGGCGCGUGACAUGGAGGCUGCCAAACCUGCCAAUCUGGUUCUCGCCUCAUCGAACGGGGCGAUAUGCCAGCGGCGUAAUGCAGUAAAGACUAGUCCUAAGAGCGCUAAGAAAUACUCACCUCUUGAUACACCACACAGCGCAAGACCGAAGAAGUCUUACGGCGAGCUACAGACACCAGACUCGAAUCACUCGACGCCUCGCAUGAACCUAGCCCAGCGUGUCAUGUCUCCAGAGGUGUUUGCGCCUACACCCCCAUUUUCUCCAGCAAUGGAGGCAUUCGAAGCCCAUGCGCGCAGUAAAGCCUCACCAGCGGUGCCGCCAAAGACUCUACCCACUCCGCCGCUACAACGGCACGUCACCGAGCUCCCUGUUUCGAAGUCAACUUUGCCGGUGCUGUCAGACCAGUCUCAGGAUCGGCCCCUUUCACACAUAUUGCACUCGCCAAACGAAGAAGUCACUACACUCGCUCCUCUCAUUCCGUCGAAAGCAGCCCCAGCGGGUUUGCCUGCGCAAGCGCACAAAGCUAGCCAUCACGAUGAUUUUGCGCAAUCUUCAUUCGAGCGGCAUCGCGCCUUCAUCGAGAAAGAAAUGGCAGCCCCAACGGAUCGAGAACGACUAGAGCUCUUCGCGGCCUUUAUUGUUAACGAGUCGAGACUGCGUCGUGACCGGUACUCAACAGCGUUUGAUUCUAUGGCAAGCGACAUUCUGGACUUGACACGAGACAUGUGGCGACCAUACAGUGGCACAGGCAGACGCCCAACGACGCCAGGUAGCAGCGGUCCAAAGUCAGCAGCAGAGACAUGGAGAUCGCGAUCCUCGACCGAGAACGACACUCCCUCCCAGCCCACCGGAACAAGCUCUGGUCCGUCCAGCGCGAGCUUUACACCCAGAACGGAGCCCGAUUCUCCUGCAAGUGUCUCAAGUCAAACCCGGGGGCGAGGUGAAAGCCAAACAUGGGCCGCCUUCCAGCCUUGUCUUUCGCCAAUACCUAGCAUGAGCGUCAGCACAGCUCACGACGAAGAGGCGUCACGUGGCAGAUCUUCGAGUCGCUGGUGGGAAGAUAGUGCCAGUGGAUCAGUUGGCCGAGGCGGGAAGGUUCAGCGGACCAAACGGGAGUCGAAAUACAUGGGAGUACCGCGCGAAGCCAGAGAAACCUUGCAAUGGUACAACGACCGUACUUCCCCGCACGAGGGCGGUACCCCUGGUCCAAGUACCCAGACUAUGCUGUAUGGCCCAGACGAAUAUCCUCUCGAAAAGGUCGGACUGCACGAUACGGACGGGUCAUCGCCCCCACCACAGCCGACUCCAAAAUACCACAAUCACUCAUCUCUGGCUACGCCUGAUCCUCACAAGCUAGAUGUGUCGCGCCUGGUCACUCUUCCACCGCCGUAUCCUCGCCAUCAUCCUGCGGUCAACAACAACCAUCCAGACCUUGCCCCCAUCAGGGCCAUACAUAGAACGCUAAGCGACUUCGAAGACGCCACCGCCACUAAAGAAGCCUACACGAAGAAGACCGAGACCCAACGCGAACAACAAAAAGCCGCCACCGACGACCUCCGCAGCCAAUUCCGCCACAACAUCCAAGAAAACAUCCGGAACGGACUGAUGUCAUUCGCCGACGCCGCAAAAGCCGAAGCCGACUUCGAAGCCAGCCAGGCCAAGCGCAGUCAAGACCAAGUGCAGGCCGACUUCGAAGCUUUCCAGACCACAGUCUUCACGUCCCUCUACGCCCUCUUCUCGGAGCGCAUCACCAAGGCCUCUGCGUCCAUCGACCAUCUCCGCGCCUCGCUCUUCUCCUCGACCCACGACACGGACCCGAACCAAGCCCAGGAAGAAGGCGACGAGCAGCCCGAACUCCUCGAGAAACUAACCCUGCUCAAAUGGUACUUCGAGACCCGUCAGCAGCUCCACGCCGAGCUUUUCGAGCUUGAGAAUCUGCGCAACGACCGCUACAAGCAGGUUGUCCUGACGCCGUACAAGGCGGCCGGCAACACCGAAAAGGUGCGCGAAGCAGAGCACUUCUUCGCGCGCGAUACCCAAGACCGGCGCGUCGCGUUCGAGACCGCCGCCCUGCGCCGCUGGGAGGACUUCCUCGGCGCCGUCGAGACCAACGUCACGCGCGGCGUCGAGGUGCAGCUUUCCGCGUUCUGGGACAUCGCGCCCGGCUUGCUAGCGGUGGUGCAGCGGGUCCCCUUCAGCCUCGAGUCGUGCGAGGUGCUGAUUCCGCGCGAGGAGUAUGCGGAGAACCCACAGUAUCACGAGUGGCCGCUGCAGUACCUGUACAGCCUGCUGAAGCAUGCGGAGAAGAGCGCGUAUCAGUUUAUCGAGAGCCAGGUUAAUCUGCUGUGCUUGCUGCAUGAGGUCAAGACGGGGGUUGUGGCGGCGAAUAGCAAGUUACUGGAGACGCAGAGGUUGUUGCAGGGGGAGGACUAUGCGGCCGUCGAUAGGGAGAUGAGGGAUGUGAGACGCGAUGAGGAUGCGAGACUCACGGAGGACCUGAAGGAGAAGGUCAGUGUGGUUGAGGGGCUGUGGGAGGAGGCGCUGGGAGGGGAGCUGAGGGGGUGUAGGGAGAGGGUUGAGGCUUUUUUGGUCGAGCAGGGUGGGUGGGACGAGGGUCUGCAGGAGUGA